GUCUCUGCUCUGCAAUUGGUUUCGGACGUUUCAUGGUAUCGGAAGUGCGCCUACUGGACCGCACCUGGUGCGACGAUUCGUGGUGGUUUUUACUGCAAUUGUGCUAAGGAGCUCCGCAGUUGUUUUAGUUCUUCUGAGGUAGAAAAAAAGUACGGUUAUUCGGAAAGUUUGUGGAUUAUCGGAAAGUAGUUUCGUGACAGCUUGGAAUGCUGCUGAAAGCUUCAGCAGGAACCAGAUUCUUAUUACCACCGGUUCUUCGUUUCUGUCUUGUCGAAUAGUGGCAGGUAAAAAGUUUUCCUAGAGUGCUGUGAAGAUAAGUGCCCUCAGGAUCUUUGAAACGUGUUGGAAUAAAUCAUAACGGAUACCAUUGAGAACCCUUCUUGAGAAAGCUUGUGUACAAGUGUUGUGUGGCGAUUCUUGUUGAAGUGUGAUCAGUGGAGUGAAAAUCGUUUUUCAUUCGCAGUUGGAAGAAGAUAAAAAGUAGACAGUUACCACCAUAGGCAACACCACCACCACUCAUCGAAACUAAUUUCACUGUCCAACUCUGUUUGCUGGCACACCGUCGUUGUUAGCACAGAAUGGGCCGAAUGAGUUUUACGUUUAAGCUUCUGCUGCUGCUGGCCAUCGUCGGCAUGUUCGUAGCGGAUGCCAAGAAGAAGCCGAGCAAAUACGGUGAUGGCGAUUUCGAGUUCAUCGAUGAGGAUGAUAAAAGCAAUCAGCAGCUGGACUCGUCCUCGUCUUCCCUGCAGCAAAAGCAAUUGCUGCAGCAGCAGCAGCAACAACAACAGCAGCAGAUAACAGAGAAGAAAAAAUGGAUCCAUGAUCCUUCGAGUGAUUUGUGUAAGCCAUUGAAUUGCAAAAAGAAAGAGCUUUGCCUACUGGAGGAUGCAUACACGGCAGUCUGCGUUUCGAAGAAGGAACUGCACAAGAACAAAUUUAUCAACAGUUACAACACUCUAUCAAACAGGGAUGAGAUAAUAACCAAGAACAAAUACCUGGAUGCAGAGGACAACAAACAUAACGCAGAUGAAUCCUCGGCCGAUCAAACCGCGUUGGCUGGUGCGGCGGAUAGCUUCGGCAGCUCUGUUAGCAGCGGCUCUAGCGAAACCGGCAACACUGGCGGAAAGACCAGCUUAGCUGGCAACAGUAACAAUCAUAACAGCAACAACAACAACAAUGGUGCGGUUUCCGAUCUGUUACAGCAGGAUCAAGAGGAACCGGAUGAGGACAGUUCCGCCCAAGAGGAUGACGUUUUCUACGACAGCGAAGGUGGCGAAAAGGAGGAAGAGGAAAACUGUAAACCCUGUCCGGUGGUGAAACCGACCUUCCUCUGUGGCAGUGAUAACCGAACGUAUUCAUCGCUUUGUCGCUUGGAUUACCACAAUUGCAUUCACGGCAGCGUGAUCAAAGUAAGCUGCAAGGGAUUCUGCCCGUGCAAAGACUCCAGCGUGACUGACCUCAAGAAGCAACAGCGUAUGGCAGACCGGAUGAAUGCAUUCAACGCCAAAUACCAGCGGACAAUCGAAAGUAACGAUAUCAAUAGCGGGGGCAACAACGUUGACGCUAGUAUCCUCGCGUCGGGUGGCGAAAGUAACAAGCAGAAAGAAGAAAAGAACCGACACUUCAAUCAUGUCAACUCGCAGUACACUUUCACGCCAGAGGACAUAAAGUAUGACAACAAGCACUACAAGUACAUCAAGUACACCACCUACAAGGGCAAGUCGCGCCUGCAGCAACAGUACAACCCAUACGGGGACGCUUCCUCGUCAGGCUCGACCGGAUCGUCCGGAGCGUCGUCCGGAUCCACAACACGAACCAACGAGGAUAAGCACAAAAUCCGUGGCUACAACGAAGUACUGGACAAACCGGUCAGCAAAUCACCAAAAUCAACCAAUAACGCAGCACGCUAUCCGACAAAAUCGAUCGAAUGCAAGCCACAGCAGUUAACCGCAAUUGGCAAUCGACUGCUGGACUGGUUCUCGGUUAUAAUGGCCGACAGCAAAAAACGUCGCCAGCAUCAACAGCAGAAGAACAAAGUGCAUUUCCCAGCCGCUUGCAAGCUAGAGGCACGCUGGAUGUUCGGCCACCUGGACUUGAACAACGACGGUGAACUUUCGUCGCAAGAACUGUACGAUUUGGAGCAUGACCAGAACGAGCGCUGCAUCAAGCCGUUCAUCGAUACGUGCGAUCUGGACCAGGAUAACACCGUCGAUCCGCGCGAAUGGUGCCGAUGCUUCGAGAAAACCGACCGCCCCUGUGCCGCUGUUCGACGGCGUUUGGGCAACGAUUUGAGCGGCUCAGGAUACGCUCCCGAUUGUGACAGCCAGGGAUUCUACAAGCCGACACAGUGCCAUCAGGCGGUCGGUGUGUGCUGGUGUGUAGACGAACAUGGGGUCGAAUUUGCCAACACGCGCACCCGCGGAAAACCAAACUGCGACGAGAUAAUCAACAAUGCCAGCACGCUAUCCACCGACGAUGAUGACGCUGAAGAUUCGGACGAUGAUGACGAUAGCCAGGAAGGCAGCGCCGAUCGUUUGCUAGUUUUCUAAAAUGCGCGAGUGAAAACCAACAACAACAAAAAACAAAAAACUUUCAUCCCCCCAAAACAGCACUGGCUAUGUCAAAUGUCCCAUUUUCAACCUUCUUUUUUUGUGUAACCAAGGAUUACAGUCAGAAACAGCGACCGUUACGUUGUUGAUGUUUGUUCUGUACGUAGGAAUUUAGGAAACAUGGUGUGCAUUCGUUUUUUGUUUAGUAGCGCUGUUUUCUGGACCAAAUCGUGCAUAGCAUUUUUUAUACUCAUCAGCAGCGAGUAGUAAAAUCAACUAAAAAUAACCUUCAGUUCAAAUAACCUACUAAAUCGAAAUUAUGUAACGAUUUUUCCUUCCUAUUUAGAACGUCUUUCCAUUCGUAUACUCAUGGCCAUGUGAUGUUUGAAACAGAAGCAAAUCCCCGUCCUUUAUUAGCAUCGUAAAUGUUCUUCAUUGUUAUUACGUUUGUACUUCCGUAUAAGUAACUACUAGAGGUGUUUAAGCCUAAAUAAAAUGUGACUAACUCGUAAAAGAUCUGUCCUCCUUAAGAAUUAAGAAGCAAUUAUUUUUUUCUCCACUGAACACGUGAGUGAGUUUUAUGUAUCGUAAUGAAAAGCGAGAAAAACAGCAACAUUUCAAGACAAAAAAAAACAAACCGCAGUACCAGCUUUUCCUCGCCUCGUUUCACAUGACGUGAGAUGUGUGACAUAAUGCCAAUAAAUGAUUCUGCUCCAUUCCAUUUUUUUUUGUUUUGUAUUGAUUAUUUACUAUGCCAAAAUCGGGUUUGAUAUUUUGGCAUUCCAUCGGAAUGCCGACAUGUUCUCAUUGAUGAUAAAUCAUACAGCAUGCAGCAAAAGUUCGUUUCGCCGAUUCAAUUAUUGAAAAUAUUAAUGUUAUAGAGUUGAUCAAAUGCAACAUACAUACUUACUAGCAAAUAGUGUGACAUUCUCUACUGACAUACAAGAAGCGUAAAAUAUUGUUGUAAAAGCCUUAUUUUUGCAAGUAAGAGUACAGUUAAACAUACUGUUACUGUAGUUAAUUGAACGCGGCGAGAAAGGUGUCGCAUGCAAAAACUUAAACCAACAAAAGCAUUUUCACUAAUCGUAGUAGGUCAGCAGUAUUUAUAGUAACGUUUAAGGUAACGCAAACACUAAGGAACAGAACAGAUCCGUCGCUAAAUUCAACUAGACCAUGAUGCACUGCGCUUUGGAUGUUCGAAACAUAGUAAAACGCAAAAAGGGAAAACAAUUGUGACGCCAACACUUGCUAGUCACGCUCUUUUUAUAACCAAAUGGAGAAAAAACGCAAAAAGAGAUUAAAAUUUUCCGUUUUUCACAUUGAUAGAUACGCGCAGCUUCUCACCGUAAAAAAAUCUGUUGGUUUUAAUUAAGUAGUAGCAUCAUCUUGCACCAGCUUCCAAUAACGGACAAUUGACUCUGUAGAAAUAACCACGUGUCACAGCGUGCAUAACUGACGGAACUUGGCGUCAAAUCAGCAAACACAGUACAUUACCAGCUAAACCAUAGAUGUAGAUCGAUAAAACUUCGUGCUGAUUCAUUAGAAAAAGUAUAAAAAAACCAAAAGAAUAAAUUAUAAAACGGAUCUAAAACUCAUUCUAUAGGCGAACUAAGCAGGCCAACCAACCAGAAGCGAAAAUAAGAACAAACAAACAAACAAACAUGACAGCAAAUUAAUCAGAAAUGAAGAAAACAAACCAAUUACAUGUGCAUUCUUUUUUUAUAUAUGAGCAAAGCAAAAAGCGAAAAAAAAACUAACAAUUAAAUAACGUGGAAAAUUUCGAUCAGUUGAAAAGUAUCGGAUCUAAUUUCAUCCCGAAAGGUUAUUCACAGUGGUGAAGGAAAGAAAAACGGUUUAGUAAAAGGGAAAAAAAACUUAAGCAUUUAAAUGGAAGAACAAGUAAUAAACGACAAGUGGUAAGAAGA